UUCGAAUUAGACGUCGGCUGCAAUGCAAGUGGUUUUCGGGAUCCUGCUGAUCUUGGCGGCCCCACGCAGAGUUUUAUCCGAAUUCUGCGACAAUGGAACGGGAAAGUGCAAGGAUCUCAGUGCCACGGACUGUCCGGCGAUAUUCUUCAAUCUGCCGCUAAUCGGAAGAUUUGUGAAGUAUUGCGACGAGUUCAACGACAUUGUGUGCUGUCCCCUGCCACUCCACCUGCAAGCUCAAUCGCAGCAGUUCUCCGCAAAUAUUGGCCUCAGGAGAUUCGAGAAAGAAUGCCGGCGCUACAACGAGAUAAGAGCUUCCUGCCACUCCACCCCUCUUAUUGUGGGCGGCGCCAAGGCCGCUGGCCGGGAAUUCCCCUUCAUGGCGCUGCUGGGUCAGCGUGGGAAGAACUCAUCCCACAUCGACUGGGACUGCGGCGCCACCAUCAUCCAUCCCAGGUUCGUGCUGACCGCCGCCCACUGCCUGGAAACCAGCGAGACCAAGGAGCAGCGUCUGGAUCCCAACUACGAUUGCCCCAAGUACGUGGUCAGAUUGGGCGAACUGGACUACAAAAGCACCACGGACGACGCCCAGCCGCAGGACUUCCGGGUGGUCAACUACGUGGUGCAUCCGGCGUACGGCGAGGACGACGAUACGGGCAGUCGAAGGAACGACAUCGCCGUGGUGGAGCUGGACAAGGAGGCGACCUUCAGCGAGUACGUGGCACCUGCCUGCCUGCCCCUCGACGGCGGCAAUGAGCAACUGCAGCUGACAGCCGCCGGCUGGGGAGCCACCUCGGAGGGAGGACGCGCCUCGUCGCAUCUGCUCAAGGUGAGCUUGGAGGGAUUCGCUGUGACGCAGUGCAGCCAGCGGCUGGAGCACAAGAUCGAUGUGCGCACCCAGCUGUGCGCGGGAUCGCGGAACUCCAGUGCGGAUACUUGUUAUGGCGACUCCGGUGGCCCAGUCUUUGUGCAGCACCCCAUCUACUCCUGCCUGAAGCAGGUCGUGGGCAUCACCUCGUACGGACUGGUCUGCGGUGUCCAGGGUCUGCCCAGUGUGUACACCAAGGUCCAUCUGUACACCGACUGGAUCGAGAAUAUCGUGUGGGGCGAGUAGACGCCUCCAAGUACAAAUAUUUGCGCAACUCAUUCGCGGCUUCAACAGCGAGGUGCCAACUUCUGUUUGCACUGUUGGUUAAUGAAGAUUUGAAAUAAAUUAAGAUUUUAUAUAGAUGAAGAUAUUUCAUGAAUAUAUGUA